AUAGGAACAAAAUCCUCCCACUUCUUAGACGCCCUCGGUUGCUUAACUGGGCGCUCCCCUUCCUGUUUCUCUCUACGCGGGGAAAGGAUCUCAGGCGCAAGAGUCCACGGGAGGCGUGACCCACGGGAGGCCAGGAUGUUGCGAGCCCUCGCCAGCUCCGCGCAGCCCAAGCAAGCGCUCGGUCGCCUCCUGAGGAUGAGCAGCACGGGGGCCAAGACGCGGGGGACCCUCGCCGACAAGGUGGCCUUGGUCACCGCCUCCACCGAGGGAAUUGGCUUAGCAAUUGCCCGCCGCCUGGCCCAAGAUGGCGCCCACGUGGUUGUGAGCAGCCGUAAGCAAGCCAAUGUCGACCGGGCUGUCGCUGAGCUACAGACGGAGAACCUGAGCGUGUCGGGGUUGGUGUGCCAUGUGGGGAAGGCCGAAGACAGACAGCGACUUGUCAACGCGGCCCUCGAGCGCCACGGAGGAAUCGACAUAUUGGUCUCCAACGCGGCAGUGAAUCCCUUUAUUGGCUCCACUCUGGAUGCCACAGAGGAAAUCUGGGACAAGAUUUUCGACAUCAACGUGAAGGCCGCAGCCAUGCUGAUCAAACUGGUCGUACCUCACAUGGAGAAAAGGGGAGGCGGCUCCAUUGUUGUCGUCUCCUCCCUAGCUGCUUAUUCCCCAUUUCCGGGCUUGGGCCCCUACAACGUCAGCAAGACAGCACUCCUGGGCCUGACUCACAAUCUGGCUUACGAACUCGCCCCCAGAAACAUCCGCAUCAACACACUGGCCCCCGGCCUGAUCCGCACCAAGUUCAGCUCAGCUCUCUGGCAGGACAAAACCAUGGGGGACAAAUUGAUGGAAACCUUGAGGAUACAGAGGAUGGGAGAGCCGUCGGACUGCUCUGGCAUAGUCUCCUUCCUCUGUUCCCCGGACGCCGACUACAUCACAGGGGAGACCGUGGUGGUGGCUGGGGGGUCCCCAUCCCGUCUCUGAUGGGAUUGGGGGGGGGGAGUCCAGCCUGCCUUCCUACUCAACUAUGUGAACAACCAGAUGGAUGGUUUUGCAUUGCCCACUGUGCACCCCAGGAAUAAAGAUGUGGGGGUGUUGAGUGAGGGGGGAGGGGUGCUUGGCUAUUGGAGGUGGGGGGCACAGUUGCUCCCCCGGAGGAGAGAUGACGGGGCGAGACACAGGCGUCCCUCCCAAUAAAUGGGAAGGUGGCAAGGGGGAAAUUGAUCUCUGGGUCUUAUUUGAGAUCGUAUGUGUUUUUUAAAAAAUGUGGUGGUGAUCGGUUUAUUACCUACCCUUCACCCUAAGGUCCCAGGGUGGGUCACGAUGAUUUAAAACAAAUUCUAGGGAACUAUAAGGACGUCUUACUCCCAAAGAGGGUGGGGCAGUCCAUCCCUGGUCCAGGUUUGUUGGAAGAAGUAUCAUCUAGAUCAGGCAUCCCCAAACUUCGGCCCUCCAGAUGUUUUGGACUACAAUUCCCAUCUUCCCUGACCACUGGUCCUGUUAGUUAGGGAUCAUGGGAGUUGUAGGCCAAAACUUCUGGAGGGCUGCAGUUUGGGGAUGCCUGAUCUAGAUCCAUGUUUCUCGAACUUGGGUCUCCAGGUGUUUUGGGGAUACAAUUCCCAUCAUCCCUGACCACUGUUCCUUCUAACUAGGGAUGAUGGGAGUUGUAAUCCAAAAACAGCUGGAAACCCAAGUUUGAGAAACACUGAUCUCUGCGAAGCUCAUCAUUGUAGCCCAGUUCCCAUUGGGAUGGGGAAUGCCCCAAAGCAGUCUUUGCCAACCUGGGGCUCUCCAGAUGUUUUUGGACUACAACUCCCAUCGGGCCUGUGCUGGCUGUGGCUGAUGGGAGUUGUGAUAUGGAGGGCCCAGGUUGGCAAAACCGGGCCUUGCAGCCUACAAAUGCUUCCCUGUGUAACUGGGGCGCCCUUCUGGAAGAACAAAAAUCUCGAGAACUGAGAGAGGUGUCUAUGUGUGUAUUAUGGGUUUUAGGGGUCACUUUUGCAGGAAAGUAUCGGGGCGCAGGAAGUCUUUUGCAGGGGGAGGGUCAGGUCUGUGGCUCCGGUGGCGAUUUUUCCAUCUGUCUGUUUCCCAGUGUGCCUUAUUUUUAUGUCGAUUUUAACAAUAAAGGUGUGUCUCUGACUGAA